AUGGAUUUAUCGCUUCUAUCCCCAGUCAACUUCAAUAGUUUUAAACAUGGUUUACCAAAAACCGCCUGGAAAGUUCUCUCUAAAAAUUUAAUCCGAUUUACAGUCAAUGAUAAUUUGAAAGAAUACCAUCAAAAAUUAAGAGAAGAAUUACUAAGUUUUGGUAAUAAUUGGGAUAACUUAAAAAAAUCAGUUGAAGACGAAUAUGAUUUUGAAAAUUUCGAUUCAGAAGAUGAAUAUCAAGAAGCUGAAGAAACUGCCGGAUUAAAUAUGACCUGUAAAACAUGCAAAAAUUGUGCUUGUUGCUGUUUAAAAUUAUUAGUAAAAUACAAUUUGUAUAGUAAUGCGUAUACAAAUUUAUCUUUGGCUUAUAAUUAUCUUUUAACUCUACCGGUAACACAAGUAGCAUGUGAGAGGUCAUUUUCAACUCUAAAAUUCAUAAAAAAAAUCGAUUACGAAAUACUCUAA